ACUCAGUAUAGAAUUAUGAAAAAUGUAUCAUUCUAAAGUAAUAAAAUUCACGAAAAUCAACUUACUGUAAUGGGUUUUUCCACCCAGCUAUUCUUUUCGGGAGGUCCGGUUAAGGAGCUGGAAGGGCGCUGAGGUCCUGUUAAUGAGCUGGAAGGGCGCUGAGGUCCUGUUAAUGAGCUGGAAGGGCGCUGAGGUCCUGUUAAUGAGCUGUAAGAGCGCUGGGAUCCUGUUAAUGAGCUGGAAGGGCGCUGAGGUCCUGUUAAGGAGCUGGAAGGGCGCUGAGGUCCUGUUAAUGAGCUGGAAUGGCGCCGAGGUCCUGUUAAGGAGCUGGAAGGGCGCUGAGGUCCUGUUAAGGAGCUGGAAGGGCGCUGAGGUCCUGUUAAUGAGCUGGAAGGGCGCUGAGGUCCUGUUAAUGAGCUGGAAGGGCGCUGAGGUCCUGCUAAUGAGCUGGAAGGGCGCUGAGGUCCGGUUAAGGAGCUGGAAGGGCGCUGAGGUCCUGUUAAUGAGUUGGAAGGGCGCUGAGGUCCUGUUAAGGAGCUGGAAGGGCGCUGAGGUCCUGUUAAUGAGCUGGAAGGGCGCUGAGGUCCUGUUAAUGAGCUGGAAGGGCGCUGACUCCGCUGAGGUCCUGUUACGGAGCCGGAAGGGCGUUGAAGUCCUGUUAAUGAGUUGGAAGGGCGUUGAGGUCCUGUUAAUGAGUUGGAAGGGCGCUGAGGUCCUGUUAAUGAGCUGGAAGGGCGCUGAGGUCCUAUUAAUGAGCUGGAAGGGCGCUGGGGUCCUGUUAAGGAGCUGGAAGGGCGCUGAGGUCCUGUUAAUGAGCUGGAAGGGCGCUGAGGUCCUGUUAAUGAGCUGGAAGGGCGCUGAGGUCCUGUUAAGGAGCUGGGAGGGCGCUGAGGUCCUGUUAAUGAGCUGGAAGGGCGCUGAGGUCCUGUUAAUGAGCUGGAAGGGCGCUGACUCCGCUGAGGUCCUGUUUCGGAGCUGGAAGGGCGCUGAGGUCCUGUUAAUGAGUUUGAAGGGCGCUGAUGUCCUGUUAAUGAGCUGGAAGGGCGCUGUGGUCCUGCUAAGGAGCUGGAAGGGCGCUGAGGUCCUGUUUAGGCGCUUCUCCGCUUUUUUUUGUUUUUUUUGGCGUAAGCCACUCCUGCGAUGAGUGAGCGAGGGAAAGGGUAACAUCCAUACGUUCCAAAAUCAUUGGCAUAUGGUUUUGUAGGUUUGUGAGCGCCCUCUCGGAAAUAUAGAAACUCUCGACUACCUUCUUCGACAAACCGCCGACUCUCAAACGUGCAGCAAUUUUUCCUGAGGGCCACACGAAGCAAAGGCUCCAAAGGAAUGUAAUUGGUGUUGAGCGAAAGGCUUUGCCCCAGUCUUCUCCUCAUGCUGCCCACCCUCCUUCCUAGAUUAGACGCAGUCAUGCUGGAUAUAUUGAUCUCCGUUCUAGCCAUGGUCAACUUCAAAUAAAUAUUGUUCUUUUUGCUUAUUUUGUUUCCUCUAUUGACGCCAACUAUUGACCCAGGCAUUACGGUUUUACCUACACGCCCGGGUGACUUUCUACACGACCCGGUUAUUUAAUUCCUAGAUUAUCCCUACUUAUUUCGCCCGAUUAAACCUUUUGUGGGGGUAUAUCUGCACCCUUAUGCCUUGGUCACAUUUGCUCCGAUUUUCACUACGGCGCCCG